AUGCAUUUCAGGGAAGUGGCUGCUUCUCGUGAGGAGUGUCGUAAAGAAACGCACGAGGUCCUCGAACAGGCCUCUAAGGGGGAUCGGAAGGCUCUGAUUGACCUGAAAGCGAUGGUUGAGGAUCUUCGUAGUAGGGUGGAGGAAGUAUCUUCGGAGAUGAGGAAGGACACUCACACGCUUGAGAGCGUCGACUCACGCAUCGUGCAGAGCACUCGCGAGGUGGAGGAUAGAAUGCUGUCGAAGAUGAGUGAGAGAGAGAACGAGAUGAAGGUGACUAUAGAGGAGUUGGAAGAGCGGUUCGAGAGGCGCCUCAAUGGAGGGCAGUUGGAAGUCCGCAUGAAUGCAUUAUCGAGUGAGUUGGCGGACCUACGUGCCACCACUAAGGACUCUCUACAGUGCUUGAAUGCUGAAGUUAAGUUGGGAAUUGGAAGGCAGCCUUCAGAGGUGCAGACGGAGGCCUCCGAGGAGAUGGAGAGCACCAAUGCUGAGUAUCUACAAGAGCACACGAGGGGCCUGGCAGAGACUCUUUGUAAGGGCAUAGGACGUAUAGAGAGGCUUGAGAAUGAUAGACCACUUAGGAAGGACUCGAUUGGUAGUAGAGUGGAGGAGAUGUUGGCCACUUUACAAGGGAUGAGGUUUUAUGUAGAAGAACACGAUUCUCGAAUAAGCACACUAUCUGCUACCAUUCAGGAG